CCAAAGAAUCCAGAUGGGCGAAACAUUUCGUAUAACAGUUUUCUGAAAAUAUUCGGUGCUCCUUUUUGAGAAGGAUUUUGUCGCAGUUAUAUACAUCCCCAGAAUGUGUACAGUGGAGAAAACCUUCCAAAAUAUCAAUGGAAAAGUGCUGCGAGUACGAGUGGAUACUUUCUCUGAUAUUUCAAUCACAAUUCUCGUGGAAAAUACAGAAAGCACCAAAGAAAGAACGAGACUCUUGAGACUGGCCUUCCUCACCAGCAGUCUUUACAUCGGUUUCGUGCUCCUCACCGGAAUAUUUAGUUCCAUAUUCAGUCAUGUUUUAAUGUUGUCUCUCGUCUUGAUUCCUCUUUAUCUGCAUCUGCAUGUCAUCGAGUCAGAGAGUGUGACUUUCAUUCGUCAGUUUGGGUUACAAAACACAGUGAAAUACUGCAGCGGAAGAGUGAAAAAUCGCUUGAUUCCCAUGCAUUCCAUCCAUGACAUCAUCAUCAAUGAAGUUAUUCAGAAGCAAAGGGUAAUUUUCAUUCUACAAGUUCUCCUGGAGCAGGAAACAAAAGAGACAAUUUUCUCUCUUUUCGAGGUAUUAUAUAUUACCUUAGAAAUUGUCAAUUAUACUUAUUUUACGAUACAAAUAUUUCAGCAAACGCAGCCAAAUUUGCUUUGUCUGGAAUUUAUUUACAACCUACUUCACGGGAAGUGGAAAAAAUCCUCUUCGGAAAAAUCGCAAUUUUAG